AUGGCGAACCGUCAGUUGCGUUACCUACGUCUCAAUAUCACGAACAUCCCGGACCCUUUCAGUCUACGGAAGGGGUGGCUUUUGUGGGCAGAGAUUGGUCUUGCUGGUGCAAUAGCUACCAUCGCAGUGACAGGGGCUACCGCGUCCUUGUUCAAGGGGGAGAGCCUAGAGAGAGAGGAUCAAUUCCACCAUGAGGACGCUCUAGUUAGCUUGUUUCCACUGAUUGCAUCUUCAAGUGUCAGGCACUUUACCAGCACUGCUUGCUUGUUGGGUGUCACUGGAGUUUUGGCUCCGAUUCUUGAGGAAACUAAGUUUAAACUAGUGUGUUGGAAAGUGGAGGCUGGAUUAACUAGUAAUCUGCCACCUAGGGUACCUACUCCAGUUGCUAUUGGAAUAAGUGCAGUUGUAUUUGCACUUGCACAUCUCACUCCGGGAGAGUUUCCCAGUUGUUUGUGCUAG